AUGAGCAAGCCGGCCGGAUCAACAAGCCGUAUUUUAGAUAUCCCCUGUAAAGUGUGUGGCGACCGCAGCUCGGGGAAACACUACGGGGUCUACGCCUGCGACGGCUGCUCGGGGUUUUUCAAACGGAGUAUCCGGCGGAAUAGGACGUAUGUCUGCAAAUCUGGAAACCAGGGAGGCUGCCCGGUGGACAAGACGCACAGAAACCAGUGCAGGGCGUGUCGGCUGAAGAAGUGUUUGGAAGUCAACAUGAACAAAGAUGCCGUGCAGCACGAGCGGGGGCCUCGGACGUCCACCAUUCGCAAGCAGGUGGCCCUCUACUUCCGCGGACACAAGGAGGAGAACGGGGCGGCUGCGCACUUCCCCUCGGCCGCGCUGCCCGCGCCCGCGUUCUUCACCGCAGUCACGCAGCUCGAACCCCACGGCUUGGAGCUGGCCGCGGUGUCCGCCACCCCGGAGCGGCAGACUCUCGUGAGCCUGGCUCAGCCCACGCCCAAGUAUCCCCACGAAGUGAAUGGGACCCCGAUGUAUCUGUACGAAGUGGCCACGGAGUCCGUGUGUGAAUCAGCUGCCAGGCUUCUGUUCAUGAGUAUCAAGUGGGCUAAGAGUGUACCAGCUUUCUCCACGCUAUCUUUGCAGGACCAGCUGAUGCUUUUGGAAGAUGCUUGGAGAGAACUGUUUGUUCUAGGAAUAGCACAAUGGGCCAUUCCGGUUGAUGCUAACACUCUACUGGCUGUAUCUGGCAUGAACGGUGACAACACAGAUUCCCAGAAGCUGAACAAGAUCAUAUCUGAAAUACAAGCUUUACAGGAGGUGGUGGCCCGAUUUAGACAACUCCGGUUAGAUGCUACCGAAUUCGCCUGUCUGAAAUGCAUCGUCACUUUCAAAGCUGUUCCUACACACAGUGGUUCUGAGCUGAGAAGUUUCCGGAAUGCUGCCGCCAUUGCAGCCCUUCAAGAUGAGGCCCAGCUAACCCUCAACAGCUACAUCCAUACCAGAUACCCCACGCAGCCCUGUCGCUUUGGAAAACUCCUGUUGCUUUUGCCAGCUUUACGUUCUAUUAGUCCAUCCACCAUAGAAGAAGUGUUUUUCAAAAAAACCAUCGGCAACGUGCCCAUUACAAGACUGCUUUCAGAUAUGUACAAAUCCAGUGAUAUCUAAGCUCUGAGUCCCCACUUUUCAGGAUGGGACAGUGUCUGAUGAACUUCUACCCGCGGAGAACAAGCCUCAACUAACAAACCCUUCAGGAAGCAUAAACGUGGGAAUGUGUAGCCUUCAGAAAAACAUGCCAAUGGACGCAAAACAAUUCCAGUUGCUUUGACCUGCUGCCUCCCCUAGGGUAAGGCAGCAGGGAAGGAAAGGGGGCGUCACAGGACCACCGGAGCUGAGAGAACUCCUUGCUGCCGCACCCUGGGAGGGGGGCCAGAUUGGGGGGGUUGCCGCAGGCCGUGCCAUCCUGCCUCUUACCUGGAAGACCGGGCUGCACUCUCAAAACCUGAACCGUCCGUAGAACUUCCUUUUCUUUUUUAGCAUAUGAAGUUGGGUAACCAAAUAGAGCUCUGUGUAUAACAUCAUACGGCAGCCUUCAGAACUAUUUUACGUUGGAGAAUUUAUUUUAAAAAUAAUGGUUAGGUUUUCAAUCAAAAGUUUUAUCAAAAGUUUUUCUUCUAUCGUAAUACAUCAUGAAGUGGCCUUCCGGACUGAGUUAGUAAAUGAAAGGUAGCUUAUGCCGUGAGACUUGUUUUUUCUCUGUUUUCUCUCCUUUCUCUCUCUUUUGUUCUUCUCCUUCUCCUUUCCCUCCUUCUCCUCCUCCUUCUCUUCAAUACCAUAGGCCAGGCAACCUCGUCCAAGGAACUGGUGGACGAAAAUGAGAUUCGCACCAGGACUUGAGCUUGGAUAACAUCUCAAAAAUAGAAGAGCUUGACUAAAAAGAACGCAAGUUGACGGAGGAUGGAUAAAAACAGCAAAACCAAAUAAAGCGGAGGUGAAGGCAGAGGGAGAUCGCUGUCCCGUUAUCAAAGUGCUGAAACCAAAGGCGAUGGGGGUCCAAACUCGUGUUUCGGCAAGUCACAGCAGAGUAGCUGAACAGAGACAUGAGGCCAGAAGGAACCACUGGAGAUGAAGGCUAAAAGGUUUCUUGAUCGAUCCAUGGCUACAGUCUGAGACUCUUCAAUGCCUUUCCGAAAACCGGUUUCUAGUAAAGCCUUGAACACACGCAUGCACAUGCACACGCACACACACACACACACACACCGUCCUACACUAUAAGCUGCUCCUUUGGUAUGAAUCUAUACUUACGGAAAUGUAGAAACAACCAUUUUAAAAUAGCUGCUGUACUUUUCACAUUUUGAUUUCUUAGGUACUAGCACUGAGGAAAAAUAUUCAGCACUUGGACUAUCAUAGGAUGAGUAAAACUUUUCUUGUACAAAGUGAAUUAACUGAUUUGUGAAGUUAAAAGGUUGUACUCAUUGUAUUUACAAAGAAUAAAAAUAUAUUGGAUUUAAA